GCAGUGUGACUUGUCAGUUCACUUUACACAACAGUGAUCGUCAUCUCAGAAAAAGGAGAACAAGACAAGUCGAGCUAGAAAAACUGGCUGUGUCUCACCUCAUCAUUACAAAAGCAAGUCAGGCGGUGUUUACUAGUCACUCUGGAGUUGCUCUGCGUUAUUGAUCUAUAAAAUCCACCUUAUCGUCUGCUUAUCAUGCCUUUCUUUCUAGAACGUUGCUCCCUGCCUCUUAAAACAGCAGGUGUGUGUGUUUUGUGCAUUUCAACUUGUUGAAUAGCAGCACCCUGCCCUCCGCCGAGUGCUCAGCGUUCAAGGUUCAGGAAGAUAACGAGAGGUGAGAGGCUGACGCAUAGCUCGUGUUGUGUUACCAAAGGAUCAUAUUACAGCAGAGAGCAGGUUGGGUGAAACCAAAGCUGCGUUCAGAUCGCCGUGAGUGGAAACAAAACAGGAAUUGGGACUGAGAAAAAGGAGUUUUAAGGAACCAAAAGAACCUUUUGUUGUUUGAAGAAGAGCGUUGCCAUGGGUAAGAAGACACCUCACCGUCAGCUGCUUUUGCUGUGUUUGUCGGCGCUCGUUUGCCGCUCUUCUUCCUUAGUGUUUUGGACAGCAGUGGUGGAAAUGAGCUAUGCUAACAGCAACGAGACUGUAGACAAGUACUGCGAGUGUGGUGUUUACGGCCGUAACUCUGUGGUGGACAAAGCCUCUGGGAUUGCCACGCUUCCAAGAGGAGACCCCAGAGGCUGUGGCCCAGAUCCUGUCUACAACCGCAACUUCAGCUCGCCCCCGUGGAUCGCCCUGGUGAAGCGGGGAAACUGCACCUUCAGUGAAAAGAUCAACGCCGCCAAACGGCAAGGAGCAGCUGGCGUGGUGGUGUAUAACGUGGAAGGCAGUGGAAACAGCACCACACACAUGGCACACCCAGAAGCCGACGGCAUUGUGGCUAUCAUGGUUGGCAACCUUCAAGGCUUGGAGAUUGUCCGGCUGGUGCAGAACGGAACAGAAGUGCAGCUGCUGGUCGACGUGGGCAGCCCCCACGGGCCCUGGAUGGACACGUACUGGCUGUACUUCCUGUCUAUCGCCUUCUUCAUCGUCACCGCGGCCUCCAUUGCCUACUUUGUGUUCAUCUCGGCAAGCCGCCUCUACAACAUGAACAGGCAGAGGCGCACCGAGAGGAAAAUGAAAUCCGAGGCCAAGAGAGCCAUCGGGCGCCUUCAGGUGCGCACGCUGAGGCGAGGGGACGAGGAGAUCACCUCCGACUCCCACCUGUGCGCCGUUUGCAUCGAGUCCUACAAGCAGGGCGAUGUGGUGACCGUCCUCACGUGUGACCACGUCUUCCACAAAGCCUGCAUCGAGCCGUGGCUGCUGGACAGGAGGACCUGCCCCAUGUGCAAGAGCGACAUCCUGAAGUCCCUGGGGGUUGAGGAUGAGGCCAAGGAGACUGUGUCUAUAGUACCACCACCAGAUGUCGCUGUGAUCACAGUGGCAGGAGCAGAGACCCUGUAUGAAGUCCCUCUGAAUGACCCCGGGAGCCCCAACCCAGGCCAGCAUCACUAUGACAACGUUGCUUUUGAGCAAGACUCGGAAGCUGCCCGGGGAUGAGUCACAACAAUCCAGGAACUCAGUUAAAUUCCUUUUUUUUCCUCAGAUAUUUCUCUCACAUACCUUAAAACCAACAGAUCUACAAUGUUUCAGUGAAAUAAUUAAAUUGUCUUACGCUGGCAUUGAUUUAAAAUGAGAUUCUUUAUUUGAUGGAUCUGAUCUGAAAAGUUGGAGGUAUUUUUUUUUGGUAAAUACGAAAAGGAGUGUUCUAGUGAAACUCGCCUCAUUCAAAUAGUUGAGAUUUAAUUCCAAAAACCAAAGAGGGGUGACUCAGGUGUCACAUUUCUGUUUUGCAUUGUCAAAACAACCAACUCCGAUUUGGAUUCAGGUUAGUUCAAGAACUGAGUGUAAAAUUGUGGCCAAAUUUCUCUCUUUUUACCAAACUCAUGAUCAUUUCACGGAUUCUGUUUUUCUGCUUCAGACUGGAGGGAGUUUCUCUUUCCUUUUUUUCUUUUUUUUAUUUACUUUCACCAGGUGAUUGUCAGGUUGUUAGACUGGAUUUGUAGAAAAAACACUUAAAGGAACACACCCUUAACAGGAAGCGCAGUAGAAAACAUGCAAGUAAAAUGACCUAAGGGGACUUAAAGGACAUUUUCCAAAGAAACACAUUCAAAGUGUGAAGUUUCUGUGAACUGGGGAGUGAAACAACAGCAAGGUGAAUGUCGGCACAAGUUUGAACGGACUGUUUUCUUCUUUGUAAUGCUUAGAUCAGAACUAUUUUUGAUAAUAUAAAGUAACUUUAAAUGUAUAGAUCUUCAUUUCCAUUCUCAAAUAAGCUUUAUUUGAUUUAAAUGAACAUGUCUUCCAUGUUGUGGCUUCUGAAUUAUUUGAAAUGUAGUUCAUUUAGUGGUCUACCUCUGAAUAAAGGAGCACAUUUAAAACUUUAGAUUUAGGUUUCCCUUUGAAAAUAAUGUAUAAAAAAACAUUAUUAUAUUUGUUUGCUGUUGGGGAUAUAUUGAUUAUGGUACCUAAUAUAUUUUUGUAAAUGUAAAAUCAUUUCCACAUCAGUUCCACUGAUUCCAGGAGUCUUAAAAUUGAACUGGAAAGAAAAAAAAAGCAUAUGCAUACGUCACUCUCUGUAUUAAAUCACAUUGAUGUUUGUUAGAAUAUAAUAAAUCCCUCAAAAUGAGGCAAACUUUGGGACUUAUGUGCUGGUCAGACUGGUGCUUCUGUGUUUUCUUAACUUUUUGAGAAAUAUUUCCACAGACUCUUUAGAGGGAGUGAAACUGUAGUAACCUCCAUCCAGGUGGAAACCAAUUCCAUGAGCAUGAGCUGCAUAACCGUCAUAAGUAGGGAGACUUGACCAGACAAGCAGAAAUAUGCAGCUCUGUUACCACCAAAAAACCCAGAAUUGUUCAUGUGCUUUACAAAAUAAAAUGUUAAAAAAAA